UUAGGAGCCCAGGUCUAGGCGCUGGGCGGGUUCGAGGCGGAGACCCCGGAUGCCGAGCCCUCGGAGGCAAAGAGGGCCUCUGGGAAAGGAGCCGCGCUUGCGGCGGGGGCGGGGCUUGGAGGUACAGACGCCCCUCUUCCAACUUGCACCGUGGAGCGUGAAGCCAGAAGGCGCGAGCUUCGCGCGGGGGGCGGGGCCUGGGGCGCGUGGCUGGACGAGAGCGGUGCAUGCCCCGGUGACGUCACGCCCCAGGCUCCGCCCAUUCGCGUCUCCGGCUCGACUGGCGCUGUGUGGAGACGCCAACAUGGCGGACAGUUACAGCCACGAACCAUCGGCAGCCUCCAGUAGCUACGAGGACAAACAGGAUCACCUGCCUGCUGCUGGCCACCCUCAGCUCCCUGCCACGGACACCCUCUGUCAGCCAGGACCAAGUUACCUGAGCUACAACGUGUCGGUGUGCCCCACAGCUGGCCCUUAUCAUCCUCCAUCACUCCCCACCCAGAUGCAACCGCCACCGGUCCUGGGGCACCCCCAGCAGGCACCCGUGCUCCCAAAGCCCUUGGACUGUCCUGUGCCACGGGGCGGCUCAGGAAACAGUCCCAGAGACUGUCCUACCAGCAGCUUCACCCAGAAGCUACCAAGUCCCACCAAGCUGCUGAAACCCAAGGAUGACUCCAGACAGUCCCUGCUUCACUACUGUGACACCUGCAAGAUCAUCUGCUUUGGUCCCCAGGCCUACCGCGAGCACCUGGAUGGGCAGAAACACAAAAAGAAGGAGGCAGCUCAGAAGAUGCGCGUCCAGCCCAAUAGCAGCCCUCAUGGGGUGCAGGCACGGCUACACUGCAGCCUGUGUGCUGUGUCCUGCACCGGGGCUGACUCCUACGCUGCCCACAUCCGGGGGGCCAAGCACCAGAAGGUCUUGAAACUGCACACUAAACUGGGGAAGCCCAUCCCCACCGUAGAACCAGUGCCAGGGAACUCCAGCUUGACGCAGGCCACCUGCACCAGCAAACCGGCCUCCGUCACCACGGGGAGUCCCCCUACAGCCUCUGCCAAGCCUAAGGCCUCAGCCAAGCCUACCAAGUCUGUGAUCCCUGCCAACCCCAGAGGGCCGGCCCCAAGCAGGACUGCACUGGCCAAGAGAGCGGUGGCUUCGAAGACCAUGUGCAUGGGGACUCCUCAGCCUCAGGCGGUGAGCAGCAGACCCUCAGAGAAGAAACCAGCACACCCCCUGUCAGAGGGGCCUGGGGAACCAUCCACCCAGAGAGACUCUGGGAAAGCUUCUGGAAGCUGCUGCAACUCUGAGCCGGUGGGCCUAGACUAUGUGGGAGAGGUGCCCAGCGAGGAGGGCAAAGUGAUCCGCUUCUACUGCAGGCUGUGCCAGUGCAGCCUCAACGACCCCAAUGCCCGGGACACGCAUGUGCGAGGCCGGCGGCACCAGCUGCAGUACAAGCAAAAAGUGAACUCUGAUCUUCUGAUCGAGGUCAAGCCCAGCAACAGAAUUCAGAAGCUCUUGGAGGAGAAGAUAAGGAAGCGGAAGCAGCUGACUAAGAAGCGGCUCGAGGAGAUGCGGCGCUGGCACGCAGAGAUGAGACGCUUUGACCUGUGCAGGAAGCGGCAGGAGGAGGGGCCGCAGGUCCAGGACAAGCACCCUGGACACUCACCACCCAACCAGGGCGCCCUUCCCCUCACGAGCAGGCCAGGGGCGCCCCCGUCCAGGCCUCUGCCCGUGCGGCAGCAGGAGUCCAGCAGUGACCGGCACGUCAUGUGCAAGCACGCCACCAUCUACCCCACAGAGGAGGAGCUCCUGGCCAUCCAGAAGGCCAUCUCCCACUCGGAGCAGGCCCUCAAGCUGGUGUCUGACAUGCUGGUCCAGGAGAGUCCCAGAAGCCCAGCGCAGGAGGGUGGCGAGUGCGGUGGCACCGACUCCUCUGCUCGGGCGCUGAAGGGCGUGAUGCGGGUUGGCCUCCUGGCAAAAGGCCUCCUCCUGCGGGGAGACAGGACCGUGCAGCUGAUCGUGCUCUGCUCCCGGAAGCCCACCCGCACCCUGCUGCAGAGAAUCACCCGGCAGCUGGCCCUGCAGCUCCCGAUGGUGACAGAGGACAAGUACGAGGUCUCAUCUGACACCAAAGCCAACAUUGUCAUUUCCUCCUGUGAGGAGCCCAGGAUGAGGGUCACUGUGUCGGUCACCUCACCCCUGAUGCGGGAGGACCCCUCCACGGACCAAGGAGUAGAGGUGCUUCAGCCCGACCCCGACCCAGAGGAUGUCCUGAGCCCAGAGAGGUGUCUCCAGUCACUGGCUGCCCUCCGCCGUGCCAAGUGGUUCCAGGCACGAGCCAGUGGCCUGCAGACGUGUGUGAUUGUCAUCAGAGUCUUUCGGGACCUCUGCCAGCGCAUGCCUACGUGGGGGGCCCUGCCAUACUGGGCCAUGGAGCUUCUGGUGGAGAAGGCUCUGAGCAGCACAACGCAGCCCCUGAGCCCUGGGGCCGCUGUGCGGAGGGUCCUGGAGUGCAUGGCCUCGGGCAUGCUCCUGACAGCGGGGACAGUCUGUCACGAGGGUGCUCUCUCCUUCUUCGCCACCCCUGCCUCCCCUACCAAAGAUGGGCCAGGGCUCCAGGAUCCCUGUGAGAGAGACCCGGUGGACACCCUUGGAUCCAUGACCCCCCAGGAGCGUGAGGACCUCACGGCCAGCGCACAGCACGCCCUGCGCAUGCUGGCGUUCCAGCAGAUCCACAAGAUCCUGGGCAUGGACCCUCUGCUACCCCCCAGAACCAGGCCCGGCAUGCACGUCCGGAAGAGGCUGCGGGAGGCGCGAGAGGCCCAGGAAGGUGAGGGCCAGAGGAAGCAGGCCCGGCAGGGUGGAGAAGGGCCUGUGUGAGCGGCCAGGCCUCCCACAGCCGGACCUGACAUCCCUCCAGCAGCUGCUUCGUCCUGGACUCUGGGCAGUCGUGUGUGCCUUUCCAGUAUUGUUCUAUAGGUUCCUUUAGAAACACCUGUGCUUAGAUCAUUAGAUUGAAUCGUCAGGGGACGUGAGCCCGCUGGGACAGCACCCCGCACCCCAAAGCCUGUUGCCAUGGCAGGGUAGAAGGUGCAAUGGGACAAUUUCAACCCCAGGCAUUUCCCGAGGGUGUGCAGAGGCCGGGUCUCCAGUCCCCAGGUCCAACCUGCUCUAAACUGACCACCCAUUCCCACUCCCUAGCCUAGAGGUGGCCCUGCAGCCAGAGGUCUGUGGGGCCUGGGUGGGCUUGUCCUUGAGUCGCUGCCAUGGGGAGGUGACAGGGCUGAGGGGUGGGGAGGAUGCAGUCUGGGCACUCCCUGGCCUCAGAAACAUCUGUAAUCCGACCGUCUGCCCUUACCCUGAGACUCCUCACCUCACCCCGUACCACUGAGUGCCUUCUGCUCACAGAGUUGCACCAUACUGUCUCCUGUAGGGCUGGGGCCUGCCUUUCGCGGCCAUCCUGCCAUCCGCCCUGCACAGGUUCAGCCUCUGCAGGUCCCGGGCACGCCUCCUGGGAGCAGCAUCCGGGGGCCAUGCCUGGUGCAGGGCCAGGGGUCAGGCGCCUCCCGGCACUGGUGGGCGUGGGGCACCCUCUGCCCAGCACUGCCCCGAUCCGUCCAAACCUGUCUUUGCAACAGAU